UACGGCGCGUCGUUCUCGGCGACCGCAAGAGCGGCACUGCAACUCCUGCCAACUGCGGGCACCGCUGCUGCCGCCUUCGCGACCUCCUCUUGCUCCUGGGGCGGCGGUGGCAGCAGCGCGGUGGCCCCUUGGGCGGCGUUGGGAGGGCCCGGGCAGGGGGAUGGCGGAGCCGGGCGGGGUGCCAUCUGGCACAGGUGGGGCCGGGGGAAGCUGCGCGGGGUCCGCAGCUGCUAACCCGGCCUCGCUGCCCCCUGGCGACGCUCAGCUUAUCGCCAUUAUAGUCGGGCAGCUCAAGAGCCGCGGCCUUUUCGACGCUUUCCGCAGGGACUGCCUGGCCGACGUGGAUACCAAGCCAGCCUAUCAGAAUUUGAGACAGAAAGUGGACAAUUUUGUAUCUACUCACCUGGAUAAGCAGGAAUGGAACCCAGCAAUGAACAAAAACCAGUUGCGGAAUGGCCUGAGGCAGAGUGUGACACAGUCAGGGAUGCUGGAAGCUGGAGUGGACAGAAUUAUUUCUCAGGUGGUAGAUCCAAAACUAAAUCACAUCUUCAGGCCGCAAAUAGAGAAGGCAAUUCAUGAGUUCUUGGCUGCACAGAAGAAAGAAGACUCGGUGCCAGCUCCUCCCCCCGAGCCUGAGAAUCAGGAUCCUUCUGCUCCAUCACAAGAUGCCUCGUAAGGUCUGGUAUUGCCGUUGUCCUGCUCUCCCCUCCUAUGUCGUUAUGCACGGAGGCUUGUUGGCAACACUUCCUUGCGCUCAUAACCCUUUUGUGUCAUCAGUCACACAAGGAAUGUCAAUUAGGCUAGCCAGAAGGCCAGAACGUGGUAUUCAGUGCUGAGCUAGUACCAAAAUUGCAGCCAGAAGAAAGGACAAACUGUGAU